AAUCAUAUAAUCACCACGUCUCCAUCUAUAUAUACAUACGGCAAGGAGUGUCAGCUACAACACGAUCAAGGUUUGCUUUGAGAUAUGGCGACGGAAGUGGCUGCGGCGGCGGAGAACUCGACGGCGGUGAGCAACGGAUGUGGUUCCGCCGUCGGAUGCUGCCGGAGCGGACCAGGAUACGCGACGCCACUUGCCGCCAUGUCUGGUCCCCGUGAAAAGCUCAUCUACGUCACCGCCGUCUACACCGGAACUGGGCGUGAGAAGCCGGACUAUUUGGCGACCGUGGAUGUGGACCCGAGCUCCCCGACGUUCUCUACUGUCAUUCACCGAUUGCCAAUGCCAUAUAUCGGCGAUGAACUUCAUCACUCGGGUUGGAACUCUUGCAGCUCCUGCCAUGGCGAUCCUUCUGCUGAUCGGCGUUACUUGGUCUUGCCUUCUCUUAUUUCUGGUCGGAUCUAUGCAAUUGACACGAAGAAAAACCCGAGGGCUCCAUCUCUGCACAAAGUUGUAGACCCCGACGAGAUCGUGGAAAAGACGGGAUUAGCCUUUCCACACACCGCGCAUUGCCUUGCGUCUGGCGAGAUUCUGGUGUCUUGCCUCGGGGAUAAAGAUGGAAACCACAAGGGAAACGGGUUUCUUCUCCUCGACUCUGACUUCAACGUCAAGAGCAGGUGGGAGAAACCGGGAAACAGUCCUUUGUACGGAUAUGAUUUCUGGUACCAACCUCGGCACAAGACGAUGAUAAGCACGUCAUGGGGAGCACCUGCAGCAUUUUCUAAGGGUUUCGAUCUUCAGCAUGUUUCCGACGGGUUAUACGGAAGGCAUCUGCAUGUAUAUAGUUGGCCGGAAGGCGAACUCAAACAAAUACUCGAUCUUGGAAACACCGGGCUCUUACCUUUAGAGAUUCGAUUCUUGCAUGAUCCAACGAAGGAUACGGGUUUCGUCGGGAGUGCGUUGUCGAGCAAUAUGAUAAGGUUUUUCAAGAACAAGGAUGAAACAUGGAGCCACGAGGUGGUGAUAUCAGUUGAACCGCUGAAAGUGCAAAACUGGAUUCUUCCGGAGAUGCCGGGACUCAUUACCGACUUCCUGAUCUCCCUCGAUGACCGUUUCCUCUACUUUGUCAAUUGGCUUCAUGGAGACAUUCGCCAGUACAACAUCGAGGACCCCGAGAAACCUGUCUUAACGGGGCAAGUGUUUGUCGGGGGACUGCUCCAGAAGGGUGGAACUGUUUUCGCAGUGGGAGAAGACGGGAAAACUUUCCAGUUUGAUGUUCCUGAGAUCAAGGGGCAACGCCUUCGAGGAGGCCCGCAGAUGAUACAACUAAGCCUAGACGGGAAGCGUCUCUACGCUACAAACUCGCUCUUCAGCGCGUGGGACCGUCAGUUUCACCCGGAACUCAUGGAGAAAGGUUCACACAUCUUGCAGAUAGAUGUUGAUACGGAGAAAGGCGGCCUGACCAUAAACCCAAACUUCUUCGUGGAUUUCGGGGCAGAACCCGAGGGCCCUGCUCUCGCCCACGAGAUGCGAUAUCCCGGCGGCGACUGCACCUCGGAUAUCUGGAUCUGAAAUUGCUCCUUGAAGGAAGUAUCAAUCCAUAUAUAUGGGUGGGUAAAUGGUUGUACUGCCUCUCGUGUAGUUGAAUAAAGGCGAAUAAGUGUUGAAGACAUCACCAGAUUUGUGAGAUUGAUGUGGUGAUUCAGACAACACAAGGCAAUGUCUCUCUGAACUCAAAUAACUUGUUGCCAUGAUUUUUGGUUUGGAGUGAUCUUGUGUUUGUAAUAGAACUGCUUUUUAAUUGUUAUACCAUAUCAAAUUAUUAGACUGUUU